AUGGUGGACGAAGCGGACUGGCUACGAGACUUGGCAGCAUUAGCCUCACUGACUGUAACUGUGCAUUACGUUCUCGGCAUCUACGGUCUAUUGGGUGCUCUAUUGAUCUUUGUCUACCUAGAACAUGGCCCUAGUAUCACUCAACAGUUGAAGCUGCACGAGAGAAUGGAAGAGCGGACGUCAUCCGCUCUUUCUGACAAUGCGUCCACUGAAGAGAACGACCAGGAACAACGUGACCAAGAAGACCCACAAGACACUGAAACGCAGCAGCAACAGCAGCAGCAGCAACACCAGGAAGGAGAACAUGACGAAAUGCAACGAGAAACACACCUUGUAAUCCAUGACGUUGGUAGUGUGAAUGUAACACGUGAUGACGUGGUGAUGAACACACGUACACCUGUCGCCUUUGAGACGGAACUUUUCAUUGGUCAUGCGCUAUUUCUAGUGCGUACACAGCCGGAGGAUCCGUACUAUGCUACGUUGUUUGCUGGUAAACGUCGUAUGUUUUGGAUUCAAGUACAGGGCCGGUUCAAAAAGGCACCACAAGGUCCUGUCUAUCUAGGAGGAGAAUUACCAGCAAGGAUUGCUCCUGGUCUCUUUACACGCAGUGUAGCACUUGUUAUUAUGGGGUUGAUUCGACGAUUAGUAGGUCACGUGAGUUUUAGCUUUGGGAGCUCUAUGGACAGUCAAGAUGCUGAUGAACUGCCAGCAGUUUCAUUUCCACUGUUUCAGUCAGUGGAUCAAUUUGUGGAAACACCUGAGGGAGAGACGCCACCAGCACUGGGUACAGAUAAUUUUGGAGAAUGUGAGGACAAACGCAACAAGAGAAGACAUACACCACUUGGUGCAGAGAGCUAUCAAGUGGGAUCAACAUACACAUUUGAUUUUCAUACCAUGUAUGUGGAUUUGACCAAGUGGGAAACUGCAAAUUUACCUGGUGGACUCAAUGCGAUGGAUCUUGCGACCUUUUUUGACUCUCUACCGUUACGACUCGUGGCGUAUGAAGUACAUUCUGCGAUAGUUGAUACCUCGACUAGUCACUGCCAGCAAGACAAAGAGUAUUUGUUUUCGUUUGAAGUCAAGUACGACAAGCAUAGACGUCAUGUUGAUAAUCGGUUUGCGGUUACUACGACGGCUGAGGAAGGUUUGAGAGAAGGAGCUAGACUAAACAGCGGCAGAGGGCGAGUGUCGAUGAUAUCUGGAAUUGGAUUGAGUGGUGCGGGUUCGGAGAUGAGCACAAUGAGUACGACGUUAAGUGAUGCCAGUUCCAUGACGGAAGAGGAUCCGGUGCUAGCUCAGGAGCACGCAGACUUCUUGCGACUUGAACACGCUCGUCGUCUUGGACAGCUUUCGUUUACUUACUUAUGCUGGAUGGAGGAAGUCGAUGUGGCUUCGGAUGUGCGCCGCGUACACUACGUGUUUGCUGUGAAAGACAAGGUCGGUGAGUACGAUGACGAAGCUCUUGACGGAGACGACGAUCUGCCAAAAUCUGUCUCCCGUUAUCGGCUUGCUAUUGUGAGCAGUUAUGAGCUGCGCAACUUGCUGCAAGGUCGCCACAUUUUGAAAUACGGCAAAGAAGCCAAGGAGCUGGCCAAACUACGUUUUCAUAGUCGAUCACGUAUUGGUAGCUACAGCACAAUCUCGACUGAAGUGCAGCAGGCUGUAAUGCAUCUCCAGAGGCUGGCUGGGGAGUCACUUCCGCCAUCAGCCCUGCCGUCGUACUCCAGCCCAAGCGAAACUGAUACGUUAGAUGGAGAAUGUAUGGGAGAUGACCCGAUGACUUUAGACGAGAUCCGCCAGGUUGCGGCCCAGGCUGCACUUUACAAAUGUCUCACGAAGCGGCAGAGAUUGCAAGAAGCGUAUACUUCCAGAACUAAAUUGUCUCCAUCUCGAAUCGGCGUGAAUCUUAGCCGGCGCGACCGCGAAGAGAUGGGAGUAGUUUUUGAGGGUGUAGUGUACCGAUACUACGCAGCCCAAUUAUUACGACAGGAGGUUUUGCUGCUCACAAAGGAUGCUUUGCUGUUUUACCGUUCGUAUUCUUCGAGCGCUGAGAAGCAGGUGCUGAUCUCGCACAUCAUUGGUGUUCGAGCUGUUGAGGUGCCUUCGAUUGCAGCAUACCUUGAUGGUUUUAGUGGCAUAGAUGGAGCCUUUGCGCUACAGAUCAGCACGUUUGCAGAGGAAAUCGUGUUGUGUGUUGGUACGAGUUCUACUCGGGAUGCUUGGUUGCGAGGUAUUUUGCAACACUGCGACCCCAUUAGCAACUUCGAUCAUGCGAUGCAAGGCGAGAUGUACAUCGGGUUUGCUGCCACUACUGCACUCCGGCCGGCCAAUCGCGUCGAACUCAACUCACGACUACUGUUUCCGCAGUUGAAAGCUCAAGGGCCACAGAGAGACGACGUCAGUGACAUCGAAACGAUUGUUGCUGACACCAUUUCUGGCGCGCUAAAGCUCGUGAAACGUACACUGACGCGUGCAUUGCGCAUUCUGAACAAUGCGCAGCAGCUUUCAGUGACGGAAGUACUGGCGUUCUUAGAUGACGCAAGUGCUCUGCGAGCAGUGGACUUAAAACUACUUCAAGAUUCUGGCUCCCACGAAGAGCAGGUCACUUUUUACCUGAAUUUGUAUCACACGGUGCUUGCACAUGCGAUGAUCGCUCAAGGCUUUCCGCGUAGCAAAGGCCAGUGGGGUCACUUUUUGACACGGACAUGCUACGCACUGAGCUGUGGGCCGGAGGGAGGUCAGGUUAGUCUGUCACUGGCAGAGAUUGAACACGUGAUUCUACGUGCUCGCUUACCUCGCGCCGAUCUACCCCAUCUGUGUGUGAAUAGCGUUUUGGCAGUAGCAAACGAACCAGCGAGUCGACUACAGAACCUUGGAAUCGCGCAUCCGGAUUUCCGUCUUAGCUUGGCGCUAGUACUGAAUCAUUGUGGUAGUGAUAAAGUCGUGAUAUAUGAUCCCGCGUACGUACAUGAACAGCUGAAUGCAGCUGUGCGCUCGCUGCUAAUGCGAUCUUGUGAGCAAGGUCACUUGGAGAUGGAGGAUUUGAGUACUAUCGUGUUGCCGCGUCUAUGCGAAUGGUACCGUCGUGAUUUUGGUGGAGCUACUUUUGAUGCGUCCGCAGUUUAUUGCGUUCGCAAGCUGUUGGGGUUUAUGGACAAUGAACUGCAGUUACAGGUGAUCAAUGCGUUGGGUCUCGACGACGUUCUUCUUCGCAUCAAGUUCCGGCCGUUCAAAUACACAGCAAAGACUACGCUGGAGGAAGAAGAGAGUUGGCGGCCAUCAGUGCUUGACGAGCCUGACAUUAGCAGCACUGAAUCCGCCCAGACUGAAAGAGAUGGCGGAAUGACGCAACUCUAG